AUGUAUCCUCACAAUCCUUAUUAUGGAAUAGCUCCUCAGUAUUAUGGAUUUGUUGGCAUUGCUCCUAUGGCACCUAUUGCCAUACCACCACCUCCUGUGGCCACUAUUCCACCCGUGAUUGCGACACCAGCUGCUACUGCAGUUGUGGCCACAGUUCCUGAAAUUCCUAUGCAAUACGUUCGGGAAAAGCCUCCAGUCACUACAGUCUUCGUCGGCAAUAUUGCUGAGUGUGCUCCAGAUCAACUCAUCAAGACGUUACUAAUGCGAUGUGGGAAUAUUCUUAGCUGGAAACGAGUUCAAGGAGCGUCUGGUAAACUCCAGGCUUUUGGAUUUUGUGAGUAUGAAGACCCCGAGUCUACAAUGAGGUGCGUACGUCUUCUAAAUGGAUUUAAAGUAGGACCUAAACCUCUGCUGGUAAAAGUUGACCCUAAAACCGAGGAUUUGUUGAAUGAAUAUAGGAAGAAGAAAGAAAAGGUUGGUGAAGAGGGAACCUUAGGAGCAACUUCUGAGGAAGUUGAUCAGUCAACUCAGCGCGAUGACGAAACCGUAAAAGCGGCACUCGAAAAUAUUAUAGCAGAAAGCGCCUCCUUAUUGGAAGAUGAAAACGGUGGUAAAAAACAAGAUCUUCACCUGGAGGGGCCACGCCACCUCACUAUUGAAGAUAUGGACCUUGACAGUGACCGUAAAGACCUAAUCAAUCGUGAGAUCGAGAGCUUUCGGAAGCGAAACGAGAAGGAAGACCAAAAUGAUACCAAGCAACCACGCUCAAAAAAUUCAAAUUCUGGGCGUCCUGGGCUAACAACCAUGCAAAUAUAUUCGGCGUAUGCUGAACGCGUUGAGCGGGAAUAUCGUCGAGAGAGGACCCGCAGAAGUAGAAGCCGCUCAAGUUCGUUGGCUUCCAGUCGGUCACGUGGACCAAUAACUAGUUCUUUUGUGAUAUCCAGUAAAGAUAUUGAUGAGGAAGAAGAGGCGAUCAAAAAAAAGUUGGAGAAAAAGCUUCGUGAGAAGGAAGAGUCAUAUCAAAAGAGAUUAAAACAAUGGGAGGUGCGUGAGAGAAAGAGGGCGAAUGAAUACGAGCAUGAAAGAGAGCACGAAAAGAAGCGACAACGUGAAUUACAAAUAGAGGCACAAAGAUUAAAGGAGUUUUUUGAAGAUUAUGAUGACAAUGUUGAAGAUCCCAAGUAUUACAGAGGAAGUGCACUUCACCAGCGUUUAAAAGACCGUGAAGUUGAAGAAGCCGCCGAUGACCGUGAUCGACAAAAGGAGGUUGAGCAGCUUGAAACAGCUAGACGCAAGCUAAUUGAGGAGGGUGAUCCAAAUGCGGAAUCAAUUAUUUUUCAAAUGGAACAAAAAAUGCAGGAGCAUCUCAGGAAGUGUUUACAUCUCGAUGGGGAUAUGUCUAUUGACUCUAUUGAAGACAACGAUCAAUGUGUUGAGCCGUCUAAAGACACCGAGUGUAUGGUUAAACCACUUGAAACCAACAAUUUAUCACCAGCGCGCAACGGUGUCACCUCAGAGUUCGAACCGGCUGCCCCCGAGGAGACAGGCGUCAGUAUGCUAAAGGAUGGUACCAACACCUUUUUAUUUUCAAUGAGUACAGUAGUUGAACCGGUAGUCCGUAAAACUGCGUUAGCUUUCACUGAUGAGGAUCAAGAUGAAAAGCCGAAGAAGCAUGGCCUCUCGUGGUUGCCACCGUCAGCUUUAAAAGCUAACUCUAUGACUAAUAAUUCUAAUGAAGAAAAAAAAGCCAUUAUCAAGAAGAUUAUUGAGGGAAUUCCUACUCAUAAGAGAGAGUUAUUUGCGUAUCCUAUCGAUUGGGACAUGGUUGAUGCGGAAUUCGUAAACUCCCGCAUAAAGCCUUGGGUAGAUAAGAAGAUUGUUAGUUAUAUUGGUGAAGCUGAAGCUACCUUAUCCAACUUUAUCUGUGAUCAAUUGCUACACCACAACCCACCAGAACGUAUCCUCGCUGAUAUAGCUAUGGUUUUAGAUGAAGAAGCAGAGGUGUUUGUUGUCAAGAUGUGGCAGCAUUUUAUUGUGUAUGCAUGUAAUGAACCAUCACCGUCUAAAUUCUUGUAUACAAAUCCAUCAACUUGUGGAUUUACUACAUGGGAGCUAGUGAAAUUGUCCCCCGACGGGAAAAAUGGUCCAACAGUCGUUGGUAUUUUUCUUCUACAAUCCAAUUUAUCCAGUAGGAAAACUUGUCCAGUUGUGCUACUUUUACACGGAAAUGCUGGAAACUCAACGUCUCGUCUACCAAUGUGUCAAGUUUUAGAAAAUCGUUUCCAGUGUAAUGUUUUCAUAUUAGACUAUCGAGGUUAUGGUCAAAGUACUGGUAGACCAAGUGAAAAAGGACUUUAUGCUGAUGCCAGAUGUGCUAUGGACUAUUUAAUAUCACGAACGGAUAUCAAUACUGCGAAAAUAUUUUUAUUCGGUCGAUCAUUGGGUGGAGCUGUAGCUAUUCAAUUAGCCUCAGAUCCUAAAUCAAGUGAGAAGGUAUGUGGUGUCAUCAUUGAGAAUACAUUUACUUCAAUACCUGAUACUGCUAGUCAUAUUCUAAACAUUCCAUGGAAAUUACCAGCAUGGUUGUUUUCUAAUCAAUAUUCCUCUUUAGUUAAACUUCAAAAUUGUAGUAAGACAAGAAAAUCAGUUCUUGUCUAUCCACCAAUGCUACUUAUCUCAGGGGAACAGGACAAGAUUAUCCACCGAAAAUGA